CAUUCAACCGAAACUGCUAACAAGCUGUUCUCUCUCGUCGGUGGAAACAUUUCCCUGUCAGUUCCCAAGCCUACGUCUGCAAAUUUCGACACUUUACUUCGAUCAACUCUCGGUUCAUAUACAGAAAUCCUUCUACAUCUGGAGAACUUCUGAUUCUUGCUCGCUGCCACAUAAAAAAAUGGUUGUUUCCAGCACCGCUGAAGAAAUCCAGGCCCCGACCGAAACAAAAUACGAUCGGCAAAGCGAGUUACAAGCUUUUGAAGACACGAAAGCCGGCGUGAAAGGACUUGUCGAUGCCGGGGUUACCAAGUUGCCAAGAAUCUUCAUCCACCCACCGGAAAACCUAAGAGAUAUCAAGAAUCCGACCAGAAACCUCUUCGAUUUUCCAUUAAUAGACCUUGACGGGGUUGACGAGGAUGCCGGAGUUCGUGAGAAGAUCGUGGACAGGGUGAGAGAAGCGUCGGAGACGUGGGGCUUUUUUCAGAUUGUUAAUCAUGGAGUGCCAGUGAGUAUGCUGGAGGAGAUGUUGGACGGAGUCCGCAGAUUCAACGAACAAGAAACGGAGAUUAAGAAACAGUUUUACAGUAGAGAUUCCACGAAGAAGGUGACGUUUAAUUGCAACUUUGAUUUGUUUAGUUCUCCGGCGGCCAACUGGAGGGACACAAUUUACUGUGUUAUUUCUCCUAAUCCAGCGCAGCCGGAGGAGCUGCCGACAGUUUGCAGGGAUAUCAUAAUAGAAUACUCUAAGCAAGUGAUCCGACUGGGGAGAUGUUUAUUCAAGUUGAUGUCAGAGAGCUUGGGACUCAGCCCAGAUCAUCUCAUAGAAAUGGAAUGCGCAGAGUCGCUUGCGCUCAUCGGCCAUUACUAUCCACCUUGUCCUGAGCCGGACCUCACGUUUGGCAUAUCAAAACAUUCGGACAACAACUUCAUAACUGUGCUUCUUCAGGACAACUUGGGAGGCCUCCAAGUGCGACAUCAGAACCAGUGGGUUGAUGUUCCUCCCCUACCAGGAGCCUUAGUUGUCAAUAUUGGAGAUCUUUUUCAGCUCGUGUCAAACGAUAAGUUGAAAAGCGUAGAACACAGAGUGUUGGCGAGCAAUGCCGGUCCAAGAAUAUCAGUGGCCAGCUUCUUCGGCAGAGAUUCUGGGCCGAGCUCAAAGGUUUAUGCACCGAUGAAGGAGCUGUUGUCCGAAGACGACCCCCCCAAGUACCGCCCGACAACCGCCAACGAGUAUACUGAAUUCUUUCGGGCCAAGGGGCUCGGUGGCACUUCUGCAUUGCUGCAUUUCAGACUGUAGAAUUAGUGUGUGAUAUGAAAGGAAACAAAUGAGUGUUGGCACCAUAAACUGCUUCAAGACACUUUGUCUUGUGUAAACCAUGAAACUAUGUAUGAUGUUUGGUUGUUCAAAGAGUCAGCCGAUAUGUAUUAGAAA